UCGAAAUUUUCGUAAUAAAAAGUUACGAAAAAAUUGUAAAAGACCUUCAAUUAAUCUGUAAGAAAAUUUCUUGAAAAUUCUUAACGCUUUUGGUAUUCAUUGUUUAUUUAACCUAACAUCAUGGAUGGAUUGAACAGUCCUCGCAUACGCUUUAAGACAAGUUAUGAUGAAACUGUCUAUCCUAGUCGUGAUAUGAUGCGUAGACAACGCAUCUUAUCGGUUAAGAACAUGGGACUUCAGGACAUACCAGCUGAUGUUUUUCGUGUUGCUAAUGAAGAGCUUAUUUCCAUUGUGGAUUUAUCCAAAAAUCUGUUGGAUGGUCUUCCGAAUGGAAUUUUUGUCCUGGAGAUGAACCUUUCGGAACUGAAUUUGUCAAAUAAUUUAAUUCGUUUCUUGUCGCCCGCUAUUGCAUACUUCAAACGCUUAGUGAUUCUCAAUUUGUGCACCAAUGGAUUAACAGAACUGCCAGAUGAAUUCGCAGAGUUAACAGCUUUAGCAGAUCUCAAUUUAUCCAGCAAUCGCUUUGAAGAUGUUCCAAAUUGUAUUUACAAAUUGCCGCAUUUGGAGGUUCUUUCGUUGGCUGAUAAUCAUAUUAAAAUCAUUGAUCCUUCUGAAAGAGGAUUCGGUGGUUUGAAAUCUUUACUUAAUCUUGAUUUAAGUAACAAUCAUAUCAGUCAAGUUCCCCCCACUCUUGGAAAUUUAACAAAUAUUGUUUUUUUGUGUCUUAUUGGAAACCCAUUUCGUAAUCCUCGCCAUUCAGUACUAGAAAAGGGUACCAAAGCUGUUUUAGCUUACUUACGCAAUCUUAUUCCAAGUGAAGAUUCACACACACAAUAUUGAGAUGAUUCAUGUAUACCUUAUAUAUUUAAUAUCUCAUAUUUGUACAUAAGAUAUAUAUUUUUGUCUUGCAUCUUAAAA